CUCGCGUGCGCGCGUCGAACGGUUUCUGGUUUUAUUUGGGUGAAAAGUGUGGAAAAGUGAGUGUCUCUGGCGGAAAAACAGUAAACGGGGAAAGCGCUGCGCGGUUUUUGCUGCUCCCGAGUUUUUUUUCUGGAUUUCAAUGCAAUAGCAACAACAACAAUCGUUGAGACAGGACCUUAAGCUAAAAUGUAACUUACAACCAAUAAAGAAGUGAGCGCCAAAGUAUGCAAAUAAAUGAAUAAGCCGAAAUCAUUAACAAAUUAAAACGAGACACGCAAAGAGGGCAGAAAAUAUCGAAAGGAGUCAAGUAUUCUCAAGGAGCUGGUUUGCUGGCAUGCUUUGAGGUUAAUACCACCCACACACCACCCAUAGCCUCCUGCUCCUCAUCUCCGUUUUGGCCAAUUUCUCCGUCUGCUUUCGCCGCUUUCUUCGUCACCGCCGCUGCCGUCACCAUCAAAAGGCAUCGAAGCAAUGGUUGCCUCAUUAGCGACUUAGCAGGAUGGCGUAAAGGAAACCGUAACCGAAAACCACAAAAAAAAAGAACACGCUGAAAGGGAUUGAGAGCAGCAGCCGCUGAAAAGGUGGAGAGCCCAUAAAAAAGGACAAAGAAAUUGUAUACUCACAGCGAAUUUUAGGCAUAAUGAGUUCGUUCUCUUGCCUCUAAAACCGAGCACCUCAAAUGUAAAUUGAUAUUAAGCCGCCAAUCAUAAUCUGCACCGAAAUUAAUUAAACACGGCUGCCAGUCCACAAAAAGCCAGCAGCAACCAUGGCCUCACCACCAGAGAGUCCCAUCGAGGAGGUGGUCUAUGAGUUGGAACACACACGAGUGCCUAAACCCAUUCCCGUUGCCCUCGAGGAUCUGUGCCGACAGACCAAGUUCACCAAACAGGAAAUCCGAGUCAUGUACAGAGGAUUCAAAACGGAAUGCCCUGAGGGCGUGGUGCACGAGGAUUGUUUUAAGGAUAUUUACGCCAAAUUCUUUCCACAUGGCAAUUCGAGUUUAUACGCUCAUUAUGUGUUCAAAGCGUUCGAUGUUAAUUGCAAUGGCGCCAUCAGUUUUCGGGAUUUACUGGUCACCCUGUCGACAUUGCUUAGGGGCUCGGUAUACGAGCGCCUGCGUUGGACCUUUAAGUUGUACGAUUUAAACGGCGAUGGAAGGAUCAGUCGCGGCGAACUUAGUGAAAUCAUAUUGGCCAUUCACGAGCUUAUGGGUCGGAGACCCCACCAACCUGAGGACGAUCGCAAGGCGAGGGAUCAGGUGGAUCGUGUGUUUCGCAAACUGGACUUAAAUCAGGAUGGCAUUAUAACGAUAGAGGAGUUUUUGGAGGCCUGCCUGAAGGACGAUUUGGUAACGCGCUCGCUGCAAAUGUUCGACAACGACCUUUGAUGACAAGAGGGCGAGCUAGAGCCAGAGCUACGCAAUUCCAGGACUAUAAUAUCACUUAUAGAUCUUUAAAUGCAAUAAGCAACGCUAAAAAAUUGACAACCCAAAAAAAAACUAAAAUAUAAAAAAAAGGGAAUCCCCAAACAAGCAUGACAAACACCAGUGAAAUUGAUGGAAAACAAGGAAAUGAAACAUAUUAGUAAUUAAUCUUAGUUUAGGCAAAAUAUCGAAGGAAGAAAUCUUUAAACUUUAUGAGUGUGUUAUUAUAUAACUAACGAUGGGGUCGACAAAGAUUUAACAGAAUAUAAAGAAUAUGUCAUUUUUUGAGCAUAUUAUGAAUUUAAUCCUGCCGAAUUGGUCUUAUAUAUGUAUUUACUACAUAAAUAUGUUUGUAUAUGUAUGAUAUAUGUGUAAAUGAAAUUAAUUUCGAGAACAAAACUAAACUAAACCACCAAACCAAAUGUUUGAUUCAGGAAUGGGAUUGGUAUACCGACAACAAGAGAAACAGAGCUCUUAACACGAUUUACUUUACUAUAAAUAUGCAUAACAAAUAAUAGAAUACUAUAACAUAAAUUUACACUUAGCUAACGGAUAUAAAACCAAUUAAAUGGGGUACUCGGUUACAUUUUAUACAAAUUUUUCAAAUUUUGUUAAUUUGCCCGAGCUAAAUUUAAUAUUUCAACAGUUUAAGCAUUUUUCUUCACUGUCAAUUAAAGCAUUAAAUACACAACAAACGAUAAAUUAAAUUAAUUCAGACUGUGGAAAAUUCUAUUAAAACUCAUUUUCAAUUUGCACAAAUUUGCAUGUGUGGGUUUUAAAAUUUGCAUCAACUAAUUGAAUUUACAAUUUGUCUCAAUAAAGCUGUCUCCUAGCAAUAUUGGUUUGAAAAGGCAAAAAAUAGAUACUAUAUAAACACAUGAAUAAAAUAUGCCUGGGUUUUGUGUGCCCAACCAACCACCGAUAUAUAAAAAUAGCACUUGACAAUUACGAUUAAUUUUAUAUUUAUACAAGGCCGUGUUGAUUAUUUAAUGUUAACUGCAAUUCAUAACAUGACUCUUCAAUUAAAUUACGUUUUUAUUUAAUUACACAUGCAUGGUCAUAUUUACAAAUAAAUGCCCGAGGGUUUGUCUGACUUUUUUUUAACGCCCCACAUUUUACAUACCCAUACUUCAUCAUCCCCCAAAAAAGGCGGGGUGACUUGAUAAAUAGACAAAAGUUGUGCAGCGAAAUGAAAAUGUAACAUAAUAAAGGAACGAGAACCAUUUAACAAUACUCAUACACAAACAUUGAACGCUUAAUUGUGCAUGGACAAGACAAGACAAUCAAUGUGGUUUGAUAUUUCCUAUUUCCUCUUUUAGUUGUACACAUUGUUCUUCCAUUGUUGCUUCAAACAAUAACAUAUUUCUGAAAAAAAGCCCCAAGCGGAGAACAUAAUUAAAAAGCGCGAAUCAGUGGUUUUAUGACGCCACGAAAAACCUUUUAAUUUUUUAAUUUAAUUAUUCAACCUAGCAG